AUGUCGGACUUACUCCACACCGGCGGCACCCCUGCCCCCUCCCGGGUGCCUUUCGGCUGGCGAACCAUUGUCUCCCUCGGCCUGCUGGCCCUGCUGGUGGUUUGCAGCAUUGGAACCACCAGUGUCCGAGCCCUCGCCCUUGCCCAGCCCAAGGGCGGCCUCUGUGGCCCGCCUCGGUGCUAUGCCCCCGAGUGCGCCGGGGUCACGCCUCGGACCAAGGUCGAUUAUUUGAUCCUGCUCGAUGUCUCGGUGUCCAUGGACCCCUCCAUCCUGGCAGUGAAGAAUGUCCUCCGAACCUGGCUGAAUCUCCUCACCGAGACGGACGUCGACGCCCAUGUGGCCAUCGUCACCUAUUCCGGCCGCGGUCCGGUCAUGGACAAGAAGUUCACCCCGCUGAACGACUACACCCUGGAGGAGUUUGAGCAGGUCAUUUCGAUGAUUUCCACAUACGGCGGCCACGAAGGCACCCUCGAGACCAUUCGCGGUGUCUUCCAGGCCAACCGUCGGGACCACAAUGUCAACACCAUCUGGCGCGCCGAUGCCCACCCGGUGCUGAUGCUCUUCACCGAUGAGGACAGCGAUCCGCCGGUGUCGCUGGACAACCUGGUGUCCGGCCAGCCGACCGGGCGCUUCUUCUGCCCCCCGGAGUCCAACGUCAACCUCGGCCGGAAUGCCAUGACCCCGGCCAACUUCGAGAAGUUCCAGCAGGAGGUCGACCUGACGGCCGACAUCCUCAUCCGCCGCGGGGUGACCGUCUUCAUGGCCGUCCCCUCCAAGUUCGACGACGAGAACACCUGCCUGACGAGCGCCCAAUUCGGCGAGGCCAACCUCAAUGUCGAAAAUGGCGACCUCUCCGGGUACGACCCGCACGCCACGCACAAGCGCGUGCGUGCCGAUCCCCUGGCCCGGAAUUCCAUCCAGGGCCAAAUGCUGGAUGCCGGCAGUACCAUUCGUCUGUUCCAGAUCGAGAAGGUCGUCCAGGAUGUCUACGCGCACAACUUCGUCAAGAACAUGUUCAUCCAGGUGACCGACGUGGUGACCAAGUGCGACGACCGGUGCAUGGAGUAUACCUGCACCAAGGACGCCUGCCUCCCGCCGAAGGAUGUCUGCGGCUGCGAUGGGGUCCGCCAUAGUGGCAAGGUCUUCGAUUGCAAGGGUGUGUGCGGCGGCCCGGCCAAGGUCGACUGCAAUGGCACAUGCAACGGCCCCUUCCGCUUCGACCAGUGCGGCGUUUGCACCCUCGACGGUGCCACCAGCAGCUGGUGCGAAAAGGAUUGCUCCGGCAACUUCUUCCGCUCGGGGCUGCCGAAGAAUGUCAACAUGCAGAAUGACAUCUGCCCGGCGUGGUUUGAUCCGAUCAGCUCCCUGGUGGCCGACAGCAAGUUCCGCGAGGAUGCCCGUGCGCUGGCCACCAAGGCCCGCGCGGACAACCUGGAGCCCUUCGCCUGCGAGGCCUUCCGCACGAAGCACGAGUGGAACAUCUCGCUGAAGGCCUGCCAGCCGGAUGUGGCCGCCUAUCGCGCGGCCAACCCCACCGCCGGUCUGACCUCCGACUCGGACAAGGCCGGCUUCCGUGCGCACUACCUGGCCACCGGCUGGAAGGCCGGCCUGGCGGUCAAGUGCCUUGCCGGGUCCGAGCACUUUGUCCAACCCCCCCGCAAGAACCAAUGCGGCCAAUGCACCACCGUCGAUGGGGGGGCCUUCUGCAAGAAGGACUGCUCCGGGGCCUGGCGCACCAGCCAGGCCGCCAUGCACUUUGUGGAUGACUGCGGCCAGUGCCUGCCGGCCGGCACCAACCCCAACAAGAACAAGGACGAUUGCGGCAUCUGCUGGGGCGAGAACAAGCAGAAGAACGCCUGUGGCGAGUGCAAUGGCCCGCGCGGGCUCAACCCCUGCGGUGUGCCCCUUUGUCGCCUGGAGCAGGCGGCCUUCUGCCAGAAGAGCCCCGACCAGUGCACCUGUGCCCAGGAUUGCGCCGGCCAGUGGUACACCGGCACCUCGCCGGCCAAUGUCCGUGACGCCUGCGGCCAGUGCCACCCGGCCAGCAGCCCGCCGGACAAUUGCCUGACCGACUGCAAGGGGGCCCGCUACCGUCGUGGCGACACGCCGGCCAAUGUGCUGAAUGAGUGCGGCCAGUGCCUGCCGCGUUCCAGCUCCAACACCUGCGUCAAGGACUGCGCCGGCAAGUGGUACGACAGUGCCAAGGCCCAGUCGGAGAACUUCGUCGAUCAGUGCGGCAAGUGCACCUCGCGCAAGAACCCGGCCCGUUGCGAGCAGGACUGCCGCAAGGAGUGGGUCCGCGAGGGCGAGGACUUCUAUGUGCAGGACGUGUGCGGCAUCUGCGUCAAGCAGCGCAUCGACCCGGCCACCGGCCGCGAUGUGACCGACCUCAACCAGAAUCUCGAUGCCUGCCGCAUGUGCCCGGGGGUCACCUACCAGAAGGACCCGUGUGGCAACUGCCCCAACUCCCCGAAGUACAAGAUGGGCAAGAAUGGCUGCGGGGUGAAUCUUUGCACGCUGGACACCUGCACAUCCAAUUGCCAAUGCCUCACCGACUGCAAGGGCAACAAGUACCAGCAGGGCGAGGAGCCGGCCUUCAGCCUCGACCAAUGCGGCUUCUGCACGGCCGGCGGCCAGACCCACACCGAUUGCCAGCGCGACUGCAAGAACCAAUACUACCGCCAGGACACCGAGGAGCCGGCCAACCUGACCGACCCAUGCGGCAACUGCAUGCCCGGCUAUGCUCCCAGCCCCGGCAAGUGGGCCGCCCGCGUGCAUGAGAAAUGCCAGAAGGACUGCGCCGGGGCCUACUUCAUGGAAGGCAAGACCGCGCCCGAGAAUGAGGUCGACGCCUGCGGGACCUGCCAUCGUGUGGCCCCGGGCCCCGGUGGGCAGGGACCACCCCCGGCCCCGGCAUGUGUCUGGGACUCCUGCCGCGAAGUGUACACCUCGGAUCCCAAGAGCGUGGUGGCGCGCGAUGAGUGCGGCGUCUGUGGCGGCACCAAUGCCGACAAGAAUGAAUGCGGCAAGUGCAAUGGCGUCCGCGGGAAGGACCCCUGCGGCCAGCUGCUGUGCAGCCUGGAGGAUCGAAACACCUGUCCCCCGGGGUCGGACAAGUGCCAGUGUCUGGUCGACUGCGCCGGGGACCAUUACCUGGCCCCGGCCGGGGCGCGCCAUCGUCUGGACGAGUGCGGGCUCUGCUUCGACGCCCGGCCAGCCGGUGGAGCGGCCGGCUCGGCGGCGCCCGAGCGUCAUGCCCGCUGCAAGCGCGACUGCGCUGGCAUUUGGUUUGCCGCCGAGAAGGCCGACGCCAAUCCCAACACCCCGGAGAGCGGCGCCCAGCACUGGGUCGACCCAUGCGGCAAGUGCAUGCCGGCCCAGCCGAAGCAGGAGUACUCCUGCCAGAAGGACUGCGCCGGGACCUGGGGCGGAGCGGCCUUCGUGGACAAGUGCGGCCGCUGCCGGCUCAGCGACUCGGAGGAGCCGUGGUGUGUGCAGGAUUGCGCCGGGGCCCAUCACCUGUCCAACACCAAGCCCAAGAGCGAGCGCGACGAUUGCGGCGUCUGCCGGCUGGUCGGCUCGGCCGAGUGGAACGCCGACCUGGACCCCUGCGGCCUGUGUCGCAUUACCCCGGGCUACAACUCGGAGGAGUCCUGCACGGCCGAUUGCAGUGGCAAGUACUUGCUGGUGACGGAUGCCCGCCGUGCGGCGGUGGACUUCUGCGGCGAGUGCCACCAGGCCGCGGACUUGAGCAACUUCAACCGGAACUCCGACCGGUGUGGCAUCUGCCACUCCAGCCCGGAUGACCCGAAGUUCAAUGCCCAGCUGGUGAUGGCCGAGGGCCGCGAGUGCGGGUGCCUCUCCUCGCCGGAGGAGGACCCCUACGAGGCCGGGCUCCUGGUUCGGUGCCAUGACCUCUACACGGACACCUCCUUCGAGGCCUGCCACCAGUGCCCGGAGACCAAUGCCUGCGAUGUGACCAAGGACGGCACGGUGCGCGAGCGUGACCGCUGUGGCCGGUGCCCGGGUGACGUGGUCCUGGCCGGUGUCGACCAGUACGAGCUUUUCGACGAGUGCGGCAUGUGCUGCAACAGCCUGGGCGACGAAUCGCCGGCGGCCGCUGCCGCCUCCGGCCUGGUGGCCGCCUCCACCGGGACAUAUGUCUGCAACCAGGACCUGAGCCCCUGUGGAACGGGCGAGUGCUUCAAGCUCGAGACCCUCGACUCGUGCGGCUUCUGUGUGCCGACCGAUUGGGAUGGCAAGUGGGAGGAGAGCGAGGCCUGCCUGCCGGAUUGCAGUGGGCGCUUCGGCGGGGACAUGGUCCUGACCGAUUGCGGCCAGUGCAUCCCGGCCGCCGAUGUCGAGGCCAACCGGGAGAUCUGCAUGCAGGAUUGCGGCGGCAAUUGGUUCCUGGCCGACCAGCAGAACCCGCCGAUGGUGGUGGACUCGUGCGAUCAGUGUGUCCGCCCGGAGGACGCCUGCUCGAACCUCGGCACCGGGGCCAUUGUCGGCAUCGCCGUCGGCGCGGUGGCCGCCGCCGGGCUGGUGGCCGCCGGAGCCGUCUUCGCCGUCAAGUACGCCGCCAAGAAUGGCCUCCUGGCAAGCAGCAAGCAGGCGGCCGAUCUGGGCGGCACCGACAACAACAAUCCCCUGUUCACGUCGCGCACCACGACCGCCGACAACCCGCUGUUCGCGGCGCCCACCUCCUAGGGCGCGUGAGCCAUCUGUCUCCUCUCACACUCGCCCGGUGUAUCCUUCUCUCCCUCUGGGGGAUCCCUUUAGUCCUUCCUCGCGCCAGAUCUCUUUGUUACGUUGCUCGGAGAAAUCCCUUCUUCCUCGGUUGGCGGGCGGUCUGCCGCGUGCUGCUGUGCCCGGCCAUAUCCUGGGCGCGGCGCCGGCCGGCCGGCCGACCGAGGAGAGAUUUAGACCCCUUGCGUGUCUCGGCAAGGAAGAGGGACAGAGAGCGCAAGAGCGAGGAGACAGAAGGAGGAAGAACUGGGCUGUGCGUGGGAAAGGGGAAAAACAGCUGCCCUUGUCCGGAAACGAAGAGCAAAUUCGACAAUCCCAAAUAAAUCUUUACAUAGA